AUGGCAUCGUCUCUAGCUUUCUGGGACGGGAUCGCCUCUGACUGGGACAGAGAGAUACGAGACGUUGGCAAUGAUUACUGGACCUAUCUGCAGAAACCAGCUCUGGAGCGCAUGGUUGCACCCAAGGCUGGCGAACAUGCACUCGAGCUUGCAACGGGAAACGGUCUUGUUGCACGAUUCCUUGCCCAGUACGGCGUAGACGUCCUGGGAACGGACGGCAGUCCAAAGAUGGUGAGCCUAGCGUCCGCGCGCACGGUGGUGGGUGAACCCAGUGCUGGGUCCCUCCGCUUCCAACAGCUCGACGUCAGUAGCGAGUCAGAGGUAGAUGCGUUCAUCGCCGAAAGAACGGCUCAGCUUGCCGGCGGUGCGGAUAUUGUGACGAUGAACAUGGCCAUAAUGGACAUCGAAGACCUGCAGCCACUCGCCAAAUUGUUGAAGCACUUACUGAAACCCGUUACUGGACGCUUCGUCGCGACAUUACUUCAUCCGUUCUUCUUCACCAACAAUGCCACCCGAACUGUGGAAGUCGACGAAGACGCGAAUGGUCGGCGGCGCGUCGUCAGAUCCAUAAAAGUGAAAGAGUACCUUGAGGUCGCGCCACACAAGGCAGGACUCUACCUACCACAGUCUUCUGCAGACGACGUGGUCUUCCACAGACCCAUUCAUGCGCUGCUGGCGCCGUUCUUUGCGGUCGGCCUUGUCGUCGAUGCUCUAGAAGAGCCUAAUUUUGAUGAGAGCUUUAUGGAUGAGACUCGGCCGUAUGGAUCCAAAAGCUUUACCCAGAUUCCGAAAAUACUAGCACUCCGGCUCAGGCUGCCCAAGCCGGCUUAA